GACCCAUUGCACAUGCACGAGAAAUAUUUGUGCUGUGUAAAAUACUAUUUUUGUGCCAAUUAAACCAAAAAUAAAUUUUAUUUAAUACCAGAUCUGUAGUUUGAGUGCAUAAACUUUAAAGUACACCUAAUUUAAAUAUUGUGCUUGCAGUGGAUUGUGCAUAAUUUAGAAACGAAAAAAUUCUACCUGCCUACAAACAUUUUUUCAGUUGUCAAUAUUAAUCUCACAAAGGAAAAACAAAAAAUCUUUUUUUAGGUAAAAAAACGCUGACUUCUAGUAGCGUAAGUGCGACUGAAACAGAUGUAUCUGCAGUUGUUUAAUGAGGUUGUGUUACUUUAACAAGUGCUUAAUAAAACAGGAGAAAAUUCAAUGCCGUCUCAAAACGAAAACAAAAGCGAAUAUAUAAAAUCAUAGGAAUAUACAAUAAAUAGGAAGAGAAAUAAGAAGUAAAGGUGGGACCAGAGGAAUAGCGACUACUGUCAUUGUAAAUUGCCAGUGUAAAAGGAAAAACCGUGAAUGUGAUUGCCGAAAAUGGCGUUUUGUUCGGGUCUAUAUGAACCCUUUCCCUUUUGCUCGGCUGCAAGGACUUGACUUUGGUAUCGGUAGAGCUUUGUACUUAGAAAUAUAAACACACGACGAAAAUUUUUUUGCAAAAUAAAAAGGUACAAGUGGAACGCGGUAUAAACAUUUAAAAGAAAGGAAGUUGAUUAUUAUCCAAUUAGAAUUUAAAUUCAACAUAAGAAAAAUGCCCAGCGCUUCCUUUACAUCGUCGCGGUCUUACGUGCGCCGCUCCCGUCGAAAAGUUGCCAAUCGUAUAGCUUUACCUAAUCGUCCAUCCGGUAACAUAAUGGAUCCAAUGAUACAAAACAUACCCGGCCCAAGCGCUUCGUCAAGCUCAAAUGCAAAUUCUAGUAGUAAUCCGACUGCAUCUUCACUUCAAAAUAAUGCCAACGCAUCAAACCCAGUGGUAUCGUCAGCUACUUUGGACGCAUCGUCAAUUCCAUCGGGUGCACUUUCAACAUCACCAUCAUCGUCAUGCUCUCCUGGUGACGCAUCAUCGCAGUCAGCUGCAAUUGUUGUUAGCACAACAGCAUCGGCAGCGGCAGGUGCAAUUUCGUCGCAGAUGUUUGUCGACGUUUCAGGUGCAUCUAACACACAAUCUUCAUCUAAUACUGGACCAUCAACAUCCAGUGGUAUUACAAGUUCCUGCAACUUUGGUUUAGUAACCGGACAAAAAUUGCAUGGUGCUUCAUGUGCCAGCAAUUUAGUAGGCGCACCUAGCUUAAAUGCAAAUUCAGGUUUUAUUGGAGCUCACAUGAUGGAAUCUGAUAUAAAUAGCCACUGUGGAGGUUCUGGUAGUUCAGCAACUAAUGAUAUCGGCACUUCAAAUGCUUGUAAUCCUCUAUACUCCAACUCUGUGUUUUGUAACGCAUCAUCUUCUAUAUCAAAUGGAACAGCAUCUACGUCGACUUCAGUGGCCAGUUGCUCACAUCAAUCUCCUUACGAUCUUCGCCGCAAGUUGCCAACUAGCGGACAUGAGCAGUGGUGUAGCACAAAUCUAACAUCGCCAUCUGCAUCCAAUAGUCUUGCCAACACUAGCAAUACGUCAUCGUCCAAUACAAGCAGUAGUAGUUCACAAUCAGUUCCAUGCAGUUCACCACCGCUUAUGGGUGGUAAUUGUAGUUCACCCUCAUUAUCUGUUAUGCCAUCAUCGUCUUCAUCGUCGUCAGCCAUAGUACAUGCGCCAUUAACUAGUGCCACUUUUCCUGUGAAUUCACCCGCCACUGGUGCUCCAUUAGGCCCAUCUCCAACAGUUCACAGUUCCAUACCACAGCAACACUGCAGUGCUCUACCGAUUGGCGGUAUUGAAGACAAUAAUUUUAUGUUGCCAGCACGAAAACGAUCUCGCCGUUUGUAUGCACAAACCGCAGAAACGCCUUGUAUGACAGGAUAUACUGGCAGUAAUACUCCGACUGGACCAACUGCAGCUCAAUAUUUACAAUACGAAAUGCCGGAUGAAGUUCUCCUCGCCAUAUUUUCGUAUCUACUAGAACAAGAUCUUUGCCGUCUGGCAUUGGUAUGCAAACGAUUCAAUGUAAUCGCUAACGAUACUGAAUUGUGGAAACGACUAUAUCAGUCCGUGUUUGAAUAUGAUAUACCACUUUUCAAUCCCGAAUUGUGUAAAUUUGUCUUCGAAAAACCAGAAGAAUCGGAGUAUGCCAACCCCUGGAAAGAGAGUUUCCGUCAGCUAUAUCGUGGUGUACACGUUCGUUGUGGUUUUCAGGAGAAGAAAUAUUCCGGACGAAGUAUUUUGUUUUUUAAUACCAUCCAAGCAGCACUAGACUAUCCAGAAGAACGGGCAGCUGCAGUUGCAGCUUCUGGAUCGAAUUCAUCAAAUAAUUCUUCAAAUGGUGGUAAUUCUGGUAGUAAUCCUGGUGGUAACUGCAGUUCAUUGGGGAAUAUUUAUGAAGAUAACAUUUCACCUAUCGAUCAUCCUGGACCACUAAUUUUUCUACAUGCGGGCCAUUACAAAGGUGAAUACUUGUAUAUAGAAUCCGAUGUUGCUUUGAUUGGGGCAGCAUCCGGCAACGUUGCAGAGUCGGUGGUAUUGGAGCGUGAGGCGGGAUCAACUAUGAUGUUUGUAGAGGGUGCCAAAUACGCUUAUGUCGGAUAUUUGACGUUGAAAUUUUCACCUGACGUUACCUCAACAGUGUCUCAUCACAAACACUAUUGUCUAGAUAUUGGUGAAAAUUGCUCACCGACUGUAGAUAAUUGCAUUAUACGAAGUUCAUCAGUUGUUGGUGCCGCUGUAUGCGUUAGUGGCGUAAAUGCUAACCCAGUUAUACGCAACUGUGACAUAAGUGACUGUGAGAACGUCGGUCUUUAUGUUACGGAUUAUGCUCAAGGAACUUACGAGCACAAUGAAAUCAGCCGCAAUGCUUUGGCUGGUAUUUGGGUAAAAAACUUUGCCAGUCCCAUAAUGCGUGAAAAUCACAUACAUCAUGGACGCGAUGUGGGUAUAUUCACUUUCGAAAAUGGCAUGGGAUAUUUUGAGAAAAACGAUAUACAUAACAAUCGCAUUGCCGGCUUUGAAGUGAAAGCAGGUGCAAAUCCAACUGUAGUCAAAUGUGAGAUACAUCACGGUCAAACGGGUGGCAUUUAUGUUCAUGAAAAUGGUUUGGGUCAAUUUAUUGAGAAUCGUAUACACUCGAACAAUUUUGCAGGUGUUUGGAUAACAUCAAACAGCAAUCCCACCAUACGCAAAAAUGAGAUAUAUAACGGCCAUCAAGGCGGUGUUUAUAUAUUUGGUGAGGGACGUGGUCUCAUUGAGCAUAAUAAUAUUUAUGGUAAUGCUUUGGCUGGCAUACAAAUACGUACGAAUAGUGAUCCAAUAGUGCGUCACAAUAAAAUUCAUCAUGGUCAACACGGUGGUAUAUAUGUACACGAAAAGGGACAAGGUUUAAUUGAAGAAAACGAAGUAUACUCGAACACGUUGGCUGGAGUUUGGAUAACGACCGGUAGCACACCAGUAUUGCGUCGAAAUCGUAUACAUUCUGGAAAACAGGUUGGCGUAUAUUUCUAUGAUAAUGGACACGGAAAACUCGAAGACAACGACAUAUUCAAUCACCUUUAUUCAGGUGUUCAAAUACGUACUGGUAGCAAUCCCGUUAUACGUGGUAAUAAAAUUUGGGGUGGUCAAAACGGUGGCGUAUUAGUGUAUAACGGCGGACUUGGUUUAUUGGAACAAAAUGAAAUAUUUGAUAAUGCAAUGGCAGGUGUUUGGAUAAAAACCGAUUCGAAUCCAACAUUGAAGCGUAAUAAAAUUUAUGAUGGUCGUGAUGGUGGUAUUUGCAUUUUCAAUGGAGGCAAAGGUAUACUUGAAGAGAAUGAUAUCUUCCGGAAUACACAAGCUGGUGUUCUUAUUUCUACACAAUCUCAUCCAAUUUUGAGACGAAACCGUAUAUAUGAUGGUCAGGCCGCUGGCGUUGAAAUUACCAAUAAUGCAACAGCCACAUUAGAGCAUAAUCAAAUUUUCAAAAAUAAAUUUGGUGGCUUGUGUUUGGCUAGCGGUGUGCAGCCCAUUAUACGCGGUAAUAAUAUAUUCAACAACGAAGACGAAGUCGAAAAGGCAGUAUCUGGUGGUCAAUGUCUGUAUAAAAUAAGCAGCUACACGUCAUUUCCGAUGCAUGAUUUUUACCGUUGUCAAACGUGCAAUACAACUGAUCGCAAUGCAAUUUGUGUUAACUGCAUUAAGAAUUGUCAUGCUGGGCACGAUGUCGAAUUUAUACGACAUGAUCGCUUCUUCUGUGAUUGCGGUGCCGGUACGUUAUCUAACCAAUGUCAGUUGCAAGGCGAGCCUACUCAGGAUACGGAUACUUUGUAUGAUUCGGCAGCACCAAUGGAAUCUCAUACUUUAAUGCCCCGUCUGUUUGAAGCAACACCUAGAGAUAAGUAAAGUGUGAAUCGAAUUGCUUGCUUGAACUACUUAUAGUAUUUAAUAAAAAAAAAAA